CAGUCUGGCCUCGGUCUGGCGCGCCCCCCAAUGCCGUGCCCUCCUAGUACCCUAUUCAGAUCAUCCUUGCUCGUGAUGUGCCUAUCGCAACCACCGUCUCUGCAUUGCCUGAAGAGUGGCGUAACGAUGCGUAAGGGUGCAGGAGAAGGCCUCGAGACAAUGCGGAGGAUAGCCCACCCUGGCCAAAUGCGGAAGCUCGCGCAGGCCGGCUGUGUCCUGACUGGCCAUCCAGAGGCAGAGAUGAAGAAGAAUCAAGAGUGGACUCGGUGGGCUCUCUCUAGCUGUCGAUCUGGCCUUGGGUCAUCAAUCAGUGAUCAGUCGGCUAUAGACCCACCGCGGCCGGGUGGUGACAAGGCACAUGGGCAAGAAGAAACACAUUGUCCAGGUCGAGAUGCUGCAGUUCUCAGGUUGUACGAGCCACCCCCGUGCGACUUUGGUUCUUUCUUCUUUAUUCGCCCUUCCACGGCUCCUCUUUCUUCUUCGCAACUCGAUUUCCCGCGCUCUGGUUCGUCUGCUAUUGACUGGGGUAGCGCACGAUCUAGACACUGAUCAACUUUAGCCGUGAGGGGAUGAAUGAGUUGUGCCCCAUGUCAACUUCAACAACCCGAGUCCCCGUGAUAAAGCCGUGUGACUAAUGACGACAGGACGAGAGACGGAAGGGGGGAAAGGGAAGACAAUAUUGCCAGAGGCUGAAGUUGAGUCUUGUUAGAGAUGCUAGAUGGAUAGGCGAUGGAUUUUGAAUCACCGCAUCUAUGUAGGUAAGAUAGGGAGCAACAAGUGAGAUAGAUGCUUGUCGUUGGGGAUGUUGUGCCGGUCAGCGAUCCAAGGCAAGGGCUGUCAGGCACUUGUACUCAGUACUCAUGAUAGGCCGCCGUCAAGGUGUCGUUUUGCACCACUUUA